AUUUGCAUGAAUGAAUCUGCAAGGCAACCCUUGUGAGCAGAGAAUAAACAAGAUAAAAUCUUAUUGAUUACAGCCACAAUGAAGCAAAAGCCAAUGCAGAAGUCCCAACGUAGAAUACUAAGCCAUGCACAGGGUAAAGAGAGAGUAAGAGACCGCUCCAUGGCUAUAUGCUAGGGGCUUCCUGAGUGUGGGGUGGGACUAAGAGGCUGGAACAAAGGAGAAUAUAGCCUCGGAUUAAACGCAGUCGAGCACCAUUUUUGACUUUAAACUGCUCAUUUCAUCAACUAUAAUCUCUGAUCUUAGGUAAAGAGAAGUCGCAUGAAGAAAAAAUGAAGCUGCUUCUCUUUUUAUUCCAAGGGCUUGUGAUUGGUGGCCUAGCAUUACAAGAUGAAGCUCAAGGCGACGGUCCUUUCAAGGAGCCACUUGAGCCUGGUCUUGGCGAUGUCACUUUCUCAACAAGAGCAAACAUUGAGCUGCAAGGGUUUAAAGUGGUCAGAGUUGUGCCAAAGAAUUCUGGCCAGCUCGGAUUUCUGCGUGUGCUGUUGAACCAAAACAGAAAAAUGUUUGAUAUCGAUUUCUGGAAAGAGCCAAAUGAGGUUGGUGUAGCCGUUGACAUGAUGGUGUCUCCUGGAGAUUUGAAAAAACUUUCAACAUACUUCGAUCAACAUGGCCUAGAUGUUUCAUAUUUGGUGCAAGAUGUAGAAGAGGCUGUUGAAAAAGAGAACGAAAGACAUGCAGGCACAUUGUUCAGCACGUAUUCUGGUUUUGACUACGGGAGAUAUCAUUCAUUAAAUGAGAUUAACAGCGAAUUGGCGGAUCUUGCAAACCGUUAUUCCAAUGCAAGAGUUUUCAGCAUCGGGAACAGUUAUGAAGGAAAAUCGAUGAAGGCUAUUGAGAUUAAGGGAUCAAAGAAACUCAACAAAAAGACAUUCUUCUUCAACUGCGCAAUUCAUGCAAGAGAGUGGGUUACAGCAGCAACUUGUAUGUACAUGAUUAACCAGAUGCUGACUCAAUAUGGAAAAGAUCCCUCAGUUACUGCAAUGUUAGAUAAAAUGGACUGGGUUGUUCUUCCAGUUUUCAACGUCGAUGGCUACUCGUACACAUGGAACGGGGGUCGUGCAAGGAUGUGGCGUAAAACAAGAAGCCGGGGGUAUCGAUGCUAUGGUGCUGAUCCAAACAGAAACUGGAACUACAAAUGGGGAGGAGUUGGAACGUCAAGAUCUGAAUGUGACGAUACGUACCACGGACGCAAGGCAUUCUCUGAAGUUGAAGUUCUAAAUGUCGCCCAGUACCUUUACAGGAGAAAGCAAGAUCUUGCAGGAUACAUGGACAUCCAUGCCUACAGUCAAUUAUGGAUGACACCAUGGGGAUACACAAGAAGUUACCCAAAUGAUUAUAGAGAGAUGAUGAGAGUAGCGAAUAUUGCUGUUAGGGCGUUGAGGAAUGUUUAUGGUACAUACUAUCGCGCUGGAACGUCAUCAAACAUCAUUUACGCAACAAGUGGAGGCAGCGACGACUGGACCUAUGGCGCCCUAGGCCUUGUUUACUCCUACGCCCUGGAGCUUCGUGACAGGGGACGAUAUGGCUUCCUUCUCCCAGCCAAUCAAAUCAUUCCUACAGGAAGAGAAACCUUUGCCGCAAUGAAAGCUAUGGCAGCUGCGAUGCGUGUGUAGAUGCUAUAAAGCAUGCGCAAGAUGGAUAUUUAACUCGACUAGUGAUUUUCUGUAGUUUUCGUUCACAACAGAGCGCUAAUCUUUAGAUGUUCUGUGAUACUAAGCAUAUGUUAUUAAAGGAUAUUUUCAUCA